CUCCGUUGGGACGCGGUACGUGGCAGGUACCUGGGCGCGCGGGCAGCCCGAGGCGCGGCGCCAGGUACCUCGCCCGUGCAGCGGCGUGCAGGCUGCUGGUGCUGGCCCGUGCUCCGCGACGCCAAGGUGCAUCCGGUUCUCGUCCUGAGCUCGAACCUUCCCUGCACCUCUUCCUCGCAGCAUCGCCAUCGCCAUCACCACCACCGCCAUCGCCAUCACCGCCAGGCCAUCACCACCACCACCACCCCGAGACGCAUCAUCCGCGACGCCACGACGACGCACCGCCGCGGCUCCCGUCACCGAGCCCUCGCCGCACCCGGCACCCGCCGUCCCCAUCCUGCCGAGCGGGCUGCCCCUGGAGCGAGCGGGCCACGCAGCACCAGCACGAGCAAGAGCACCAGCACCAGCACGGGGACACACGCGCGACCGGAUCGCACCAUUGCCACGGUAGCCUCCCCUGCCAUCACCAUCCCCAUCAUUCGCAGCCUCAUCACCCAUCACCACCCCCAUCGCCUCCGCACCAGGGACCCUCUGCCGUCGUCCACCCGGCCGCCGCCAUGCCCGGCAAAACGCCCCAGAGCAACGGCAACGAGCCCGUCGAAAACGGCGUCAGGAACAACGGAGAUGUCGAGAUGAAGGACGCCAAGAACAAGGGCAAGAAGGGCGCCAAGGACGCCACCGCCGACGACGAGAUGACGGUGGUCGUGCCGCCGUCCAAGGCGGCCAAGCAGCCGCACAAGCCCCAGGACGGCGACGGCGACGUGUCCAUGGGCGACGACGCGGCCGACGGCGGCGAGGUCAAGGCCGACCCGGCGCUGCAGACGGUCACAGACAUCAAGAGCAACUUUGCCCUGCUAGACCGCGCCGUGGCCCUCUUCGACGCCAGGUUUUCGCUGCGGGCCCUGCGGUCCAUCUCCGUCAUCCGCAAGCGGCUGACGCCCGACAUCAUCGGCCAGGCCAUUGUCGACACGUUCCCCGCCACCGUCACGUCCGGCAACAUUGCCAAGAACCUGCUGGUGGCCGUUGGGCGCGAGGGCAUGCCGCUGGGCCGCCAGGCGGGCGGGCCCGAGAUGGAGGUGGACGGGGGCGAGGGCAAGGUCAGCGCCGCCGCCAAGAACGGCUCCAAGAAGGAGGCCAAGGACAUCAUCCCCGAGAUCGACAUCUUCCUCGGCAUCCUGGUGCAGGUGUACCUGUUCGACGGCAAGGAGUACGCCAAGGGCGCCGAGUUCUCGCGGUACCUGUCGGAGCGGAUCCAGGCGCUCAACCGCCGCACGCUGGACUCGCUGUCGGCCAAGGUGUACUUUUACUACUCGCUCUUCUGCGAGCACAUGGCGCCGCAGCCGCCGUCGCCCGAGUCGCCGAUUGUGGAGCUGCGGCCGACGCUGCUGGCGGCGCUGCGGACGGCGGUGCUGCGCAAGGACAUUGACACGCAGGCGUCGGUGAUUGUGCUGCUGCUGCGCAGCUACCUGCUGACGUCGCACAUUGGGCAGGCGGACCUGCUGGUGUCGCACACGCAGUUCCCGGAGAACGCCGUCAACAACCAGGUGGCGCGGUUCCUGUACUACCUGGGGCGCAUCCGGGCGAUCCAGCUGCGCUACACGGAGGCGCACGAGCACCUGACGGCGGCGACGCGCAAGGCGCCGUCGAGCGGGUGCGCCGUGGGCUUCUCGCAGACGGCGACCAAGCUGCUCAUGGUGGUGGAGCUGCUCAUGGGCGACAUCCCCGACCGCGCCACGUUCCGGCUGCCGUCGCUCGAGGACGCGCUGCACCCCUACCUGCUGCUGGUGCAGGCGGUCCGCGUCGGCAACCUCGAGGACUUUGAGACGGCCAUUGCCGACCACGCCGACACGUUCCGCCGCGACGGCACCUACUCGCUCAUCCUGCGCCUGCGCCAAAACGUCAUCAAGACGGGCAUCCGCAUGAUGUCGCUGUCCUACUCGCGCAUCUCGCUGCGCGACAUUUGCAUCCGCCUCCACCUCGGCAGCGAGGAGUCGGCCGAGUACAUUGUCGCCAAGGCCAUUAGGGAUGGCGUCAUCGAGGCCACCCUCGACCGCGAGCGCGGCUUCAUGAAGAGCAAGGAGGUCGGCGACGUCUACGCCACCCGCGAGCCCGGCGAGGCCUUUCACGACCGCAUCCGCGCCUGCCUCGCGCUGCACGACGAGAGCGUCAAGGCCAUGCGCUUCCCGAUGAACCAGCACCGCCUCGAGCUCAAGAACGCGCAGGAGGCGCGCGAGCGCGAGCGCGAAAUGGCAAAGGAGAUCCAGGAGGGCGACCUGGACGAGGACGACCUCGGGGGCGACUUUGAGGGCAUGUAGGUCUAGUCUGUACUAUCCGCUACGUUUCCAUGGACGGCAUUGGACGCCUCGUGGGCACUUGUGUAUACAUGCCACCGGUGCGGCCAGGCGCUCGCGUGGGCGGCUGGGAGAGGUGCUAUAGAGGUCGUGCGGCGGCGUAAUGGGCUGCCGUUGUGUAUUAGAUACUGGCGGGAACGGAUGCACUUUCUUUACUGCGUUUGAGUCUGAC